AUCCAAAUGAGAGAGACUGGGCAUGCCUGCCAGAACCCUGGAGGUUAAAGCUCUCCCCCAUUUACAAAGGCAAUGCAUCGUCUCCUUGAGCAAAGUAUGUUCUCUCCAGUAUUAAUAGACUUACUGAGAUGCGUCAAAAACCCCGGCAGAGACACUGAGCAGCACAGCCUGCCUGCCACAGAAAGAUUUACAAUCUCUCUGGCGUAUCAGUGGAGAACAGGACAGUGUGUGUGCACGCACACAGACAAAGAAGGAGGAAGGUGAGUCCAACCCCCAGCAGCAGGGCCAUCCUUCUGCUGCUGGAUUUUUCCAGCCAAAGCAUCUUACCGUCUCUCUGCUGCAAUUUAUGGAAAUUGAUUUCUGACGUGGGGCUUUUUCUGCUACAGCAGGGACCCACCGGGUGGAGGAGGCAGAACUGCAGUCAGGGCAGGAGAAGGGAGGGAGGAAAGGAGCUGGGCACAGGGGGAAAGCCAGAGAGAGAGAGAAGGGUGCGUAGGUACUACAGCGAUGGGGCAGUUAUAACUGAGACAGAUGAGAGAAGGAGCAAGGGAGAGCAGAGAUCCCGAGUGAGUCAUAGGAGGGCAGACAAGCACAGAGAGGGAGCCCAGAGAGCGCUCUGCCAUCCCAAGACAGACCUGCCCAGCUGGACUCUUAACCAUGAGCACGAGGGAGACUUGUGCUCAGGAAGUGGGGCCAGAGGAUGGGGAGAAAAAGCAGAGCAAAGACACUCAGGAUCCGGACAGAAGGCCGCACGAGGUGGAGCUGCAGGAUAAAGCCAUCCUGCAACAGAAGAGGCGCCUGAAACAGGCCACCCAGUUUGUGCACAAGGAUUCUGCUGACCUGCUGCCCCUGGAUGGCUUAAAGAGGCUGGGCACCUCCAAGGAUCUGCAGCCCCACAGUGUGGUACAACGGCGCCUCCUGGAGGGGAAUCUGAACAAGCUGCGGGGGGAGAGCAGGGAAUAUACCACAUGGGUUCAAUCCCCACUGGUGAAGGACAAGGAUGACAGGGCAGAAAAGAAAGAGAACGACAGAAGGAAAGAGACUGUGUCCCUGCUCGUACACUGCAAGUGCCAAGGUCAGGUAUUGAGAGCUGCUGUUAACACUGGCUGCCAGCAAAACCUCAUUUCCAUGAGCUGUCUGAAACGGCUGGGGCUGGAGGAAGUGUCCGAUGCUGGCAAUGGGGAUCUCUCCCUUCCUGUCCCUAGUGUCGUUGGCCAGGUGGAGUGUGUGGAGGUGCAGCUUGGCCAGGAGACAGUGGCGUGCUCAGCGCUGGUCGUGGAUGAUGACAUGGUGGAGUUCUGUCUCGGCCUCCAGACUCUGCUGUCUCUCAAGUGCUGCAUCGACUUGGAGGAAGGAGUCCUGAGGCUGAAAGCCCUGAGUGAAGAGCUGCCUUUCUUACAUGCCUCUGAUGAGCAUGGGCAGUGAUGGGCCGGCUCCCCACGUCCACAGGGAGGAGACUCUGUGGCUUACCAGGGAAACCAGCAGCUGGGGCUGACACACCUGGACCUUGCUGAGUCCUGCGCUGAGGCGUCCAUGGGGGAGUGAGGAGGUAAACGGGAGCCAGGUGCUGUCCCGCUGUUGUUGAUGCAAGCUGGCCUCUUGUAUGGAGAGUUCUUCCUCCCUGCAAUGAACCCUCCUGCUUGUCCCCAUGUGCUGAGUGGAUAUUUGUUCUCAUUUCUCUCUGUGUCCCCGUUCUCUCGCUGGUUUCUGCUUCUGCCCUUUUAGUGACUUCUUUUUACACUGCCAUGUAUUGAUAACAUAGGUAGUGUCACUGCGAGCAGUCUCCAGGGGUUCCGCCUGCAGAGAGAUGAUGGCUUCCUCUAAAGCCUCUGAAGAUUGUUUUAAAAGUUUCCCUUCCCUUUUGGCCGCAGAUCUCCCCGGAUAGGAGGGGCCUCUCUUUCCCCUGCUGAAUGGGAAGGGCCCUGUGGCCAAUCCUCCCUGUCCUCUGGAGAGCUGGAUUUCAUUAUCCUGCACUGGCUCCGAGCAGAUUGGAAGGAUUUUACUGGAAGCAGCUUAAAUUGCAGUCACUGCAUUUUGAGAGUUUUCAUUCAAAGCAGGAAGACUUCUAGGAAAUGCUGAGCUGAAACGCUCUGGCAGCAUUUGAGCAUACAUAGGCGCCAGGCCUGGCCAGGCCAGCCUUAGCUACUAGACUCCGUAUUGUAUGAGCUCAAGUGCUAGUUUCUCCCCGUUAACUGUAGUAACUGGGCUGACACCCCCACCAGCCAUGAGCUCCAGUCACCAGAUUUACACACCCAUCAACUCUGCUUCUUCACUCUGAGCUCCAGGGAUUCAACUUAGAUACCACAUGAACUCCAGGCCUACACCUGCCAUCAACUCUCCUCCUCCAGCCUGGACCCUGGCGAUUUGACACAGAGACACCAUCAACUUCAACCACUGGACUUCCACACCCCAUUGACUCUACAUCUCCUGUAUGAAAGCAAAGAACCUGACUCAUUCCCAGUAUCAGCUCAGGUCACAGAGUUACGAACUCAUCUGGGAUAGACAGGACCUUUGGUGGGUCACUUAGUCAUUUCUUCUCCAUACAUGUGGGCCUGAUUUCAUUACCCUAAAAGCAUCGCUGAUAGAUGAGUAUGUAGUCUCAAGGGACAGACACACCGCCACCAUUCUGGGCAGCUCACACCAUUCCCAAAUGGAUGUAUUGGUUAAUUUUUGUUUCUAAUCUUUAACUAAAAUUUUCUCUUCUACAAUUUGUGCCCAGUUACAUCUUGUCUCCUCAGCGACUAAUGAGAAUAAUUGAUGCCAGCCCUCUUCAUAACAUCCCUUCAUCCACUUGAAGAUGGUUCUGACGUCCCCUCUCUGCCAUCUUUUCCCUGGACCUAAUUGGGUCUCUUUGUGGGUCUCACUUGUCAAACAUUUUAUUAUUUCUCCUGUGCUCAUUUGAGGGCUCCAAUUUAUUUAUCUGUCUUUUUUUUGGUAAAAGGGUUGCCCUAAACUGGAUGCAGGACUCUGAGGCUUAACCAGUGCUAAGAAGAGUGGAAUAAUUACCCUGCUAAUUUUACAUAUAAUACUCCUGUCAAUGCGACUCAGAAUGGCUUGUGCUCCUCUUAAUGGCAGUGUUGUACUGUUGACUCUUAUUCAGUUCAUCACCCAUUAUAUCCUGCUCUCUUUUUUCUGUGGCAUGGCUGCCUAGUUCAUUGUUUUACAAUUGUGCAUCUGAUGAUUCCUUCCUAUGUGAAGCACUUUACAUGUCUUUCCUGAGUAAUACCAAUGAUUUAAAGGCCUUGUCUCAUAUGUGUCAUGAUUGUCCUGUAUUAUGAUCCUAUCCCUCUGCAGUCCCUCCUGGAUCUGUAUUGUUUGUGCAUCUGAAUCUUUAAUGACAAUACUGACUGGUAUUGGAACCUCCUUCAAAUUUGACAUUGACUCUUGAAUGAAUACAAUUUGUUAAAUGUGUUAUUCAUUUUUAAAUCCCAUUCUGUAACAACUCAUCUAGUCCACAACUCUCAAGUUUCACUCAGAGGAUGGCUUGUGGAAAUGUAUCAAAUAAGCUGUUGAAAUCAAUAGCUAUUAUGUCCACUGCAUUUCCUUUAUCCAUUAAGUUUAUUUCAUGAAACUAACAAAACCUAAGAGCCCUCUCUAGCUCAGACUGAAGUCAAUGGGAAGCUUUGCACUGAUUUUAAUGGCAGUAGGAUUGGGUCCCAUGGUAAAUUGGCAUGAUUUUUCUUUGACAAAUUUACUUUGCCUAUUAUUUAUUACUUAUUUUUGUGGAGGUGUUCAGUAGUUGGCUGCUCUGUUAGCUGUUUGAGCAAUAUGCCAAGUAUUUUUAUAAAUUUACUCAUCUGUAAGUCCUGGGAAUCCCCCUCCUUUGCUCUCCUUCAAAGCAUCCUUUGCUCCUUCUCUGCCCUUCCACUGACUUCACAUUUCUUCAGUUCUGAUACUUCUGCUAAUUCCGAUUGCUCAGUGGGGUGAAUUUCACCAGGCCCUAUGGCUGUGAAUACAUUUAGGUUAUCUUGCUAUUCUGUAAUCCCUUCCUCUCCAUAAUGAACCAUUUCAGCUGCUGCCUUUGGCUUGUUUGUUCUCCCCCACAUUGGUAAGUAGCAGACCUGCCCUUUUCUGCCAUCUUCUUGCUUCCCACAUAAAUAUUAUAAUGAUGGUUUCUUGUUUCCUUUGCUAGUAUUCCCUGAUUUUGUGCCUUUGCCUUUCUGGCCUCUCCUCUCCUCCUCCCUUAGGAAUCAUACAUGUUCACGUGCUUGCAUGCGGUCUCCAUGCCAAUUGUGUUGAGGGUGUUUCUGCUUGAUUCCUACAUCAGUGCGUGGGGGACUCUAAUCCCCAAUUUGUAAUCAGCAUCAUGGCAGCAGACAUGCUUUUCCGCUCUCCUCCCUACUGUGUCAGGCAAAUGUCUGGUACUUCCUCUAGGUCACUCAGUACUGUGCCCUCUGGCAUUUACCUUCUCCCUGAACAUUGUGGACCUUUCUGUAGAUAACUACUGCAGCAUUUCCCCCCAGCACUGUCUAGAUUGCCAAACCCUGACCCAGCCCCAACUCAGAAAGGGCAGCAGCAAUACAAGCAGAGAGAGCUGCAGGCCUGAAUGCAAUGGGUUGGGAUCCCUUCUGCCCCUUCCUUUGCUCCCCCACUUCAUUGGGAACCGAAUCAUGGUGUGACCCGAGCUCUCAAUGCCUCCUUUCCUUUCCAUCAGAAAUGGAACCUCUGCCCUUCUCCCCUGCUGGGCUCCGCCCUCCCAUGACAGCAUCAAACGAGGCAGCGUUGCCAACUUUCACCAUUUCACCAUAAGGUUUGGUGUUCUUCUUCAAGCCCCAGCUCCUGGAGUCAUUUGAUUACAUGAGAACCUCAGCUUGAUUUUUUUUUUAAAAAGUCAGUUUCAUGGUGCAGUAACUCAAAAACUAAAGUUUCAAAAACCAGGUGACAAAUAAAAAGAAGUCCAAAGAGAUUCCUGGUCAAAUCUUAUGCUUUUCAAGCCAAUCCCACGAUUUUCCGGGGCCUGACGCAUGAUGUUGGAGUGCUUAGGGUUGGCAACGCUGAUGAUGGCUUAAUACUAGUUUAACUCUGGAAAAGGCUCACGUGCAUUCACAAAUGUUUUUUUCUCCUCAAGCCAUUGCCAGUGCUUAGUCAUCCCUGUUUUCCUGAGAGGCACCAAAGACUAAAGGCCUCUUCCACUGGACAGGAAAACCAAUCAAGAAUUAAUAUUUGAAGCAGGAUUUUACUAUGAACUAUAAAUACAUUAAGGGGGUCACUACCAGGGAGGGUGAAGCGCUAUUUAAGCUAAAGGACAAUGCUAGCACAAGAACAAAUGGCUAUAAACUGGCCAUGAACAAAUUCAGGCUGGAAAUGAGAAGAAGGUUUCUACCCAUCAGAGGGGUGAGGUUCUGGAACAGCCUCCCAAUUGGAGUUGUGUGGGGGUGGGGGGGACAAAUGCAUUAGUUUCAAGAGAGAGCAAGAUGAAUUUAUGAGUGCGAUUGUAUGGUGGGGGUGCUUGUUUUGGGGCGGUGGGCACAGCUAAGCAGCCCUGCAGCUCACUUCUGGUUUAUGUCCUGUAUUCCUAAAGCGCAUGCUUCAGGGCUUCAGCCGACCACCUAAAGGGGUCAGGAAGCAAUCUUUUCCCCCCAGUGUAUUCUGGGAGGUUUUUUAUCUCUUUCCUCUGAAACAUGAGGGAUGGCUAUGGCUGGAGAUGGGACACUUGGCAGGGUGGGCCAGGGGCUCUGAAGUGGCACCGAGCAUUCUCUCUCUCAGGGGCUUGGCUGGCUGGGUCUUGCUCACAUGCUCAGGGUCUAACCGAUCCCCCCAGGUCAGAUUGGCAGGUAGUUUAUGGGACAGGGGGAUUUGCCUUCCUCUGCAAUGUGUGGGUGCAGGUUGCUUGCCAAGAUUAUCUGGGUAUAUCUCACUUAUUUCCCUGCCAUUGCAGGAGGCUUGGGCACUGGUGCACUUGGUCCCUUCUUUUCUCUGCCUCUGGCACAUUAUAGUCUAGUCUCCUGUGGGCUGUAAUAUUUUGGUCUCAUUUCAUUUGGUGAGUUUAGUGUGUGGGUGCUGGUGGUCUGUGAGGUACAGCAAGUCAGACUAGACUUGGGAGGCAGUCAAUUAUUUUUUGUCAAGGUCCAAAUUUCUUGGUCAAAAUAUAGUCAAGAUCCAGAGAAAAUAAUAAUAAUAAAUAAUAAUAAAAAGAUUUUGGGGUCUGUUCAAAAGCACCUGGCAGUCUGGAUUUGGCCCACGGUCCACCUAUUGACUAAGUGAUCUAGUGGUCUCUUCUGGCCUUAAACUCUAUGAUUACCUGGCCAGAGCAUUGGCCAUCUAGUAUGGUCUCCUGCCUCCAACACGGGCCCCGAAAUAAUGCUUCAGAAUAAGGCACGACAUCCCCCUAACUGCACACAAUUGUGCACCGGGGGAGCGUCUUUCCUGACCUCCAUUAGUGAUCAGAUCAUGCCCUGAAGUACGGGGUCUAAACGGAGAAAAGUCAGUGUCACUGCAGAUGCGACUCUUACACACAGAAAUGUAUCAUUCUGAAUGGGAACCAAAAUCUGUUCCUAGAAAGUGCUUUCAUGCACCCAGCUUAAACGCUGCUCAUCACGGUCCUGGGUUGUGCCCCACAGGGCUCUGAAAGUAUUGGAAAUCAAGCCAGCCACCGAUCCCAGCCAGCACUCAGAAGGCUACAGCAUCUCUAAAUGCCAGACAUUUGGUUACGCACACGUGUACCACGGGGGUGCUGUUUAACCCCUGUUGCUCAAGGAGCUAGUGGGCUCUCAGUUGCUGGCACAGACUUGCAGCCUCGAUGGUGUUCAGCUGGGAAGCAUCUAGAAGUAUUAAAGGUCAAUUGGGCUCUGAAAAUUGUUAAAAGCAGCGUCACGGGCAUCCAUGUUUAUCGUCUCUCAGGAACAAAAUAUCUUUUUGUUUGUAAACUGAGCACCAUGAACUGGGGUCGGUAAGGUCCAGAUCCUAACUUCUGUUGAUUUCAGUGUAAGUUAGGAGCCUAUAUUCCUUCAGGGAUCUGGGCCAGCCCUGCAAACUGCCCUGGGAUCUAAGUCAAGCUCGGCUCGUUCUUUCUCCUCUGUCAUCACCUGUGGUAAAGAUUCUGCCCUCGGUGACACAGUGGAGUCCUAGUGCCACCAGUGGAUUUGCACAGAUGUCACUGAUCAUAACUUAGCAAGGCAGGAAUAGAAUCCCACUCCCUCUCUCAGCUAUGUAGACUCUGCAGGGCGAACAGGGGCCAAAAAGUGGUCCGAGCAGCAACCAUGACUUGAAUGUACCCUGGGAAAAAGGGGCCAUGGUCAGUCACUUUUCAUCGUAGAGCCCCACUUUAGUGGAAGUUAUGGCAGUUAGACUCGUGUGGGGCUGCCACCAUCAAUUGCUGGGUUGGGACAUGAAGAGAGGGAGAAGGUGUCACUUGGCACAAAGGCAAUAUAAGACUGCCCUGGUUCUCUCAGCAGGAGACAAUGCUCCUGUUUUGUACAAGGGGUUCUUAUCCUUGCCUAUCCUCCUGUGCCUGUAAUGGGAACAGGGGAAAGAAGGGAGUAAACAGGAGCGUCCACUGGCUUUGAGUGCUAGGAACAAUCUAGAGUUGGUUGAAAAAAUGGAAAAACAAUUUCACCCUCCAAAAUUUUUUGAUAUUUUUGUUCUUCAAUUUUUAAGUUUUUCCUUCCCCCUGCAUAUCUCUUACUCCCCCCCCCCCCUUUUUGGGGAGGGGAUUGAUUUUUGAAAAUGACUGAAAAGACAAGGAGAGAGGGUAAAAGGGAAAAAAUGAUAAAAACAUCAAAAGAAAUGGAAAACAGAUAGAUAAACUGUGAAAUGGACAAUUUUGCCUGAAAAUUUUAGAUUGGGGCCAUUUUUGGAUGAAAACUCUUUUUGCUUAGAAGUAGACCACCAGCUUUACAGCACCGUGUUUGUAAAUGAGGCCCUCCCUGUCUUUUGGACAAUGCAGUCCUCCGCAGCAGGUGCUCAAGUGCUUGUACCCAUGUGACCUCUCUACCAAGCUCAUCAGUGGGAGAGGGGGGUCCCAGGUCAGAGUGUCAUGCUGAAUGGCUCGCACUUGCCCUUCACGGCAUUCAUUUGGGUACACGUUGCCCAGUCUGGUUGGAAGCAGGUCCCCAUCAAAGGGUCAUCUCUCUGCAUGAGCCCCUCCCUGCCUUACUCAGUUUCCUGUCCCACAGCAGCUACACUUGGCUCUCUUCCUUGGCAACAGUUUGACCUGUGUGGCAGUGGCUGUGUUUUGUAUGAACAUGCUGCAUCCAUGGUAUCAAUGCAGUCAUUUGUGCUCCCUUGUCUCCUCUGUUGAUAAUAAAGAUUUCUGCUUCAAGCGGGCAGCCAGAACC